CUGGUUGGGACCGUCAAAUCAAUACCAGGUUACACAGCUGAUUAUUGAAGAGUGUUUCAUUUCUUUAUAGGUCAUUCAUCGGUCGGGUAUCUUUCUGUGAUGACCGGGUGUGCUCGAUUUCGCGAUCUGCUUUGUACUGAAUGAAACCUGCUGCCAACAUACUGAAAGCUGGAAGGCUGUUCAAUUUACACCAAAUAUUGUCGUCUUUCGCGACUUCCUUCUAGCGACAGUUGUAACCGAACUUGAUACUUGGACCCUCUAACACAAGGUGGCCAUGCCAGACUUCCAAGUUUCUUCACACGUUACAAGUUGUGGGCCGAGUGGCCCAAGCCUCCCCCUAGAAAUUGAACACCAUGUCCCAGCAAGGUUCAAGCAGUGAGAAGCAGAGCUCAGCAGCAAGAAACACGGCUUACCAUGCAGGAUUCCCUAGACAAGGUCUGCCGUUACAAUACCGAGCAACUGACACAGUUCAUCACGCUACCUCAGAAACACCUCAUCAUCCUUCACGACCACCAAACUUUGCCCAGCCAUGGAGAGUCGAGCACCCAUUGAGCCACCACACCGUCUCAGAGAGAGUGUACUCAGCUUCUCCUGAAGCGACAAGGAUCUCUUCAAUGGGCAACAAGAAUGAUCCCAACAAGAGUCCGACAUCUCUUGGCAGCACUGGCGCUUUGAGCAGCAAAGGUGAAUUAUUGGGGACAACAGACAGGCAGGAUAGAAACCAGCUGAAGUUGGUACGAGCUGGAAGUCAGGAGACCAGAGAUGGCAGCACGCCUACCAGCCACCCUACACAGCCACAUAGCAGUGACUGGCUGAAGCAUUCCCUGAGUCAAACACUGACUCGCCCCUCCUUGACAGAUUCACAAGUUGUGCCAUUAGUUACCCCUGCUGCUCUGGCAGACAUGGGACAUCUGUACAAGCUGCCCACUGCGUCCUCACCAAGCCGACCUCAGAUUUACCCAUCUGGGAUGUUUGCUCCAUUAUACACGUCAGCGUCAGCUACACCUCCUCAGUUUCCUGCCUACACCAGCCCCUCUGCAGUUCAAGUGUCAACGGUACCAACUUUCAGCCCAUACUUACAUGUAAGUGGGUACCCCCUUGGCUACCCUGUGGUAGCUGCCCAAGGUACAGUCGAGCCAAGCCCAUAUCCAACAGUGGAAUCCUAUUCAGCUAUGUUAGCCAGCAUGGGUAGUCAAGUACAGCAAGCACAAGGCUCCCGACUACCUGUGACGACUUACCUGCCUCCUGGGGUGAUACCUUUACCAUAUGGUACCCAGAUCACCCCUGGUAUACCUGGACUUAGUCUAUUGCCAAAAGGGGCUGUUCAAGAGUCUGUCCCUGCUGUUGCAUAUAUCAACCAACAGCUUGCAGGUCCAGGUAUUCUUCAGAGUGGUCCUCAUGUCUUAACAGGUUUAGUUCCUGUGAGCAGUAGCAUGAUCAGCUUUCCUCCAAGAACAGAGGAUGAAGCAAACAGACAUGAUCAAUCCCAAGAGAAAGGAGGUGAGCAAGAGCAGAUGGCCACCCCAGUAAUCGAAGGGGCAGGAGAAGAAAGAGUCAUGCAAAGACACUCAGAAGCUUUGCCAAGGCGGACAUUUGCAGCCAAGCCACAUGUGAUGUUUGAUAAACCAGAAGUCCCUCACACUGCACAGUUACAGAAAAUAGAGCCUGCAGUACAACUGACACCAGCUGAUCGGCAGUCUGAACAAGACAGAACGCCUUAUGCAGUGACUGGCACACGCCAUGAAUCAGUCAUAACUGCUGUGUCUCUAAGCAGUGAUAAAUCCAGACCAUCAUCCCAAGAGGAGCAUCCCGUCUAUACAGUAGGGGAGCACUCCCAUUGGGGUGCCAGCAUCGAACGGACAGGUGCAUUCCCCAUCUCUGUUCCACCAGCAGUGCAGCAUUCACCUCAGGUCAGGUUCCAACUAAGCCCCUCACCACAAGCAAGGCCCUCGCCAACUAUCAUACACACCCCUUCUGCAGAAACAGAUGGCGUGCCCCCACCAGUGAUGCCCCCAUCAACACAAAAUCAAAUGACUUAUGUAAUACCAGCAACCGAGAGGGUUCAACAGAACCAGUCCCAUCACCAUCCCCAAGGAGCAAUGGGACAUUCUUCACCGGUAGAGCCCAACCACUCCCAGGUGCAGCAUCUACUAGGCCUUCCUCAGAUACCAGCCUCGCCAUUCAGUAACAUACCCUCUUACUUCACGCGGGGAUCUGUCAUCCAGCUCGCAAGCGGGGAGCUGAAACGUGUGGAGGACAUCCGAACAGAGGACUUUGUACACAGCGCUGACAUGUGCGAGGGACUAAAGAUCGAUUCUAGCACAGUGGUGCGUAUCAACGAACUUCCAGACAAUGGCGUGGCACUCAUUAGUUUUCUGGUUGGAGAACACAAGGCCCAGGUGUCAUUAGAAGCGCCCAUGGAGCACCCCUUCUUUGUCUUUGGACAAGGUUGGUCAGCAGUCAGACCAGAGCGUUCCCUCAAAAGCUACAACCUCAGCUGCCACAAGCUGGCUGUCGGCGAUGUGUGCGUGUCACUGACGGUGAAGGACAAAAACGGACGGUGGCUGCACCGGCCACAGCAGUCUGAGCAACCAUUGUCACAACAGCACCAGCUGCAGCCACAUCAAGUCCAGGUGUAUCAACAGCUGCCACCACAACAGCAGCGCCAGCAACAGGAAAUUCCCAUGCAAAGUUCAUUUUCAGCAACCCCCAAAGAGUUGCCAUCUUGGUCCCCAGAACCCAAGAGACGACUUCUGGAACCCGUCCAAGAGGACGCUAACUGGGAAGACAAGGCCCACCUUCGACCUGCUACCUCCUGGCAACGGAACUCUCAGCAGCAUAGCAGCAGCCACCUUGAAGCCCCACUGCGGUAUACAUUUGCCGUUCCACCCCCGGUUAGUGCCACAGUGUCGUCAGAACAGCCAGUGAGUGAAGGAAAGCUCACAGAGCAGACAGACAGCAAUGCAAAUAUGGUACUUGUACGGACUACCAAUGCCGUGGCCGAAGAAAAGAGUCAGAAAUCUUCUCCACGGACUGACAGCAAACCUUUACAGCCACUGAAACGUCGAUGGUCAGAUCCAAUGCACCGGGCACAAUUAGCUGCAGAGCAAGAGAAGUAUACACUAUCAACAAAACCAACCGAGUCACAGUGAACAGUUUUAACUGGCAGUAAUGACAAUUGAUGGGAUCUCAUUUACUCAAGAUCUGUGUUACUUUAAAAUUUUAACGUUUGGUAUAUUGAAGUCCAUAGGUACAUGCACCGGCACAUGUAACAGACACAGUUGUAUGUUCCAAUUCAGAAGCUCAGUUUAUGGGUUCUUUCAUUUAGUUACAUGUACAUGGUAAUUUGUUAUUACUUCGAUCAAGUCCAGUACCCAAAUCUCAGAACAUUUUGUUUUACUUUAAAUGUUCCAGUUGUUUUAUAACAUUGCUCCAUUUAUGGGAAUACACGUACCAUGUUUUUCAAUGUGUUCUCUUCGGGUUUCUAAUUCAAAACAGGCCAAUAUUCCUAAUAGGAAACACUUGGCAAUCCCAUGUCUUGGGCACAGUGCAUGGACCCCAAUUGACCUUAUCCACAGUCAGCCAUAUUGAAUCAACAGUGAAGUGAUCCGGGUAAAUUUUUUUAAAAACUAAUAUGUGUGGGAAGGAAGAUGAUUCAAUAGGGGCACAUUAUAAAUUACCAUCCUUGUGCUCCGAUGGGGAGUUCCAAAUGGAAAAAAAAUCAAGUCAACCAAAUUUUCCCAAAUGAAAAACAAUUUUUUAAGGGCGGCCAUACCUGUAAUUGUUGCAAAAUGGUCUGGCACCUUUCCAUAAGAGUGUUCAAUAAAUGGGCAUUUGGAGAGCAUGAUCUAAAAUGGCCAUCUUGAAAACAAGGCCAUUGAAUACUCAUGGUAGAUGUUCAUUCUAAGCAUUCUCAUUCCCUGUGGCAACUGUCAGAUGCAUUUCCUGACUUCAGUGAAAAAUAAUUACAAAACUUGAGACAAAUAGAGAGAUAGUUGAUACCAUGGCAACCAAAAUGGUGUCACUGCAAAUUGUAGGAAUGUACCAGUACGUGUGGAAAAAACAAGUCACGUCUUAAUAGCCUAAGGUACCUUUUUUUUUCUUCCGUGAAACGCGUCAAGUGCGCCUGUGGCCAUUUCUGAGAAGUCCUUAAUCAAAGGAUAGUUGCCGAAGACAAAUGUGUUGUGUUUAGUAUGCAAAUAUUUAAUUUAACCAGUCAUCAACGUGGUGUUGGCUUCAAAUUUUUCCCCGCACAUGUUAAUUCUUUAUGCAUUGCUUGCAAAUGUAUACAUGUAUUUACUCUCUCAACAGAGUGAAAAAAAAUUCUUUCCUUCAUGCAUUUCGCAUUCUGCAUCCCCUUCGACAUCAGCCGUCUUUCAGAUUACACAUGCACAUGCAAGGGAGAGUGGGACAUCCGGUGUUCAUGUUUUAUUUUUAAACUGUGGUUAUUUAACAUCCUAACUGGCUUUAGUUCCCUGCUCACUCUGAAAAUGUCAAAGGUCGCUGCAGUGUUUUAAGUAGGUAAGCACAUGAGCUGACAUUCAGCAAAUAUGGUUUGGAAACACACCUGUAAAUUUGAUUCAUUUAUGCUGAGUCAUUUCAUAUCUUGUCAGUUGUCCUUAGUCCAAAGAAGACUCUAAGGCAUAAGGUUUAGCAUAAUGUAUCAUACUUGCACAUCCAACUAAACACAUGUCUAGGUCUACUUUGCUUUAGAUGCAUUUUGCAUGAGCAUGUACUGUAGUCACAUACAUACAUGUUUGCCUGCUUUUAGACAUGACAUUAACCUGUCGUUGAACCUGACAUUAAUAACUGAUGAUUUACAACAAAGCAUGGGGCAAGUUGUGUUCUUUAAAAUAAAAGCUUGAAACAUCCUACGGACAGGACAACCUUUUGCUGCUUUCAGUAAGCAGUUUAAUAUAAAUGUUUUUAUGCACCUUUGCACCCCCUAGGUCACACAUGUAUACAGUGUCAAGCUCAAAAUAUGAGUAAUUCUUGGAUACUGAGAAAUGGCUGUUUGAAAAUAGUUUAGGAAACCCUAAAUAGUACAUGUAGUAGUACAACUAUUCACAAUGUGAAUUUUUCAUGGGUACAAGUGUUCCUUUUGUGGUUAUCUGAUAUGCUGCUACUGAUAUUCCUGCUCUUUUUUUUGGGGGGGGUUGUUCUCAUUUCUGGCAAGGUCUGGCCAGACUGCUGUCAGUCACUGAGAGAGAUUUGUAUAAAUGCACUGUCUGAAUGUUUUAUUUUUAAGUGAUUUUCCUUUGCAGAGAUCUUAAAGCUUGUCUGAUUUUCAAGUGGAGAUGCCAGAAAUGUUUGAUGUAUACAUGGUAUGUACAUGUGCAGAAUUUGGUUCAAUUUUUCUUUCCGUGAGAAAAAAGUAGGGAAAAAACUUCAACAGGAAAACGGGUAAAGCAGGCUAGUAGCAUCGUUCUAGUGACAGCCGAAUGAAGCUGUCCACAGGAAACACUUAGUUUUUCUUGUGUUUGGUGUAAGGUGAGAACUGUUUGAUUGGUGAGAAAAAAAAGUGCCAGCCAAAAUUUGUGAAAACUGUCAGCAGAGAACACCCCGUUGCAUGUUAAAAAAUAUUUGGAUGUGUUGAUUGACAAAUGCAUUUACAAGAUGCGUCUCUUUUCUCUUUAAUGUUGGCAGAGCUGAGUUUUUAAACUUAUUAAAAUUUUAGUUCUGUAUUUGUUUUGUAGUUGUAUGUGUUUGUCUUCACUACAUGGAUUUUGACUGGCAUGUGAGAGAGCAAUAAAAGUGUGUGAUUAUGAAAGAACUUUAAGAUAUAAAAUAUAAAGAUGUUUUUAAUCGUCUGUUUAUAGACCUCAUCAGUAUUUUAUCUAUAUUUACAUGUACUGUAAAAAAAGUGUAAACAAUUGUACAGACUCUAAGAACUUUUAAUAAAAUGUCAACUUUGAAAAUCAUUCGCAGUAUAGCUGUAAACGCUUAUAUUGAUAUGUACUGUAAAUGUAUUUUAUUUGUAGAUAACUUGGAUAGAGAAAAACUGCUAUAGAGUUUAUAUACAUGUACAUGCUACUACCAACGUUACCUGGAAAAGAUUGUAUAUACAUACAUGGAGAUCAUGUCAUCUAUAUUAGAGUUUAAACUGUUUGAUUUUGAACAGUGACUGCUGAAGUGAUGUACAUGUGUUAAGCAUUGAGAUGUUGAACAUAUGGAAGAGUCUUCGGGUUUUUCCCCUGGAUCCUGGUGUUAGUAAAUUGCUCAGUGAUUGUGAGGCAUUUUCUUCGAAAAUAAGAAGUGGAGAUUGUUGAAGAAAAGACGGGAUUGAAUUUGAGAUGUGUGGCCUCAUGUAAAAGACAUUUUUCAACCACCGUGUAGUUCUCAGGAAUUGGCAUUGAGUGGAUGGAACAUUGUCAAUGGAAAUGUGUUUUUUAAACAUGCUUUUGCCCAUUGUACUAAAGAGCCAUCAGAACGUUUCAGCACAAGUCACUGGCACCUGGCGAUAUGCUGGAUGUGUUUUGUCAUGCAGAGUUCUCACUUUCAUGGUGUGUACUCUCAUGAGAACAGAAUUUUUCCUUGGAGUUCCACUAUCUUGUUCAUAUUCCACAUAGAAAUAAGACAUGUACAGCCAUGUUAGCACCCAUGGAAGUGAGUUAUUUAUUUUCUUUUGUGAUGCUGUCCAUUUCAGAUCAGUGGCUUGUCAGAGAGCUAACUUUCCUUGUUAUACUAUUGUUAUUGGUCAGAUUCUGUUCUUUGUUUUUAUCCCGUGAAAGGGAUCAUUGUCAGUAAUGCUGCAUGAAGCUUGUGUUGUUUUUUUUUUAAACCCGUGCUCUUUUCACCUAAAUAUUAUACAUGGUGAGGAAAAGGAUGUCCGAUAAAUAAGUUUUGGAAAAGAGACGAAACACAGGGAAGCUUAUGUAGAUAAUGUGCUGACUUAUUGCACCGAAAUACGUGUAGUUACACAGGUAUGCCUGUCUUUGGUAUAAAAUAAGCCACAGAUUUAGGGAAGUAAAAAAAAAAUUAACAAUUGAUAUGUGAUGACUUUUAAUUUAUUUUAAUAUGAAGACAAGGUGAAUUUACUAGCCAGUCAUCAUUAAAGGAAAAACUUAAGUAAAAUGAUUAAUGCCAGUGGGGCAAGUGACUCUUGGAGAAUCUUUUCACAUUGCCACUUGGUUUUGGGGUGCCAGUGGGGUUAGGGGAUAUCUAUUACAUGCACCCUCUACAUGCCAUAAAAUCUGUCUUGUGUUAAAUUCGACGCAAAGAUGAAUUCCUACAUAAAAAACUGUCUUUACUGAGCAAUUUUGGAACAUACCCAGUUGUUUCUUAUGUGUCAUCAUACCCUAUUGAUUAUGUUUCAGGAACUAACUAGUGCAGUCUUAAAAUGGCAUGAAUCUGAUAAAAGGAAUUGCUUCAUUAUUGAAAAUAGAUGCAGCCAGCUUGGUUUAUUUAUAAACUUGUUUUAUGUAAAGUGUUUUGCUUUUUCUGUCUUUAAGAAAAGGGAUUAGUAUAUACAUGUAUACUGGUACAUAUGUAAGCAUGAGCAUGCAUUUUCAGUCUCAUGUGGAAUGAUGUUUUGUUUACUUUCUGCCAAUAUGUCGAGAAGAAAGAAUGUUUAUUUACCUCGGCCAAUAAACUUUGUGCACUUGCAACAGCCAUCCCCUUUCUAGCAGCUGUAGCUUUUUAAGUACUAGAAAUUAGCGUGAAUUGCUUUUCCCAAUUAUCAUUAUUGUUGUUUCAUUUCACUGAUUUGUUUUCUGAAACAGAUCAGUUACUCAGUGACCUACUGAAUUCAUAAGUCACAAUUAAAAGGUUCUUGACAUUGACCUCUUUAAAA